AUGGCUACAGCAUCUUCAGGUAGCACUCCGCAAUGGGCAUCCAGUUGCCCAACCUGCAAGGCUAUUUGGGUCCAGUUCUCAGACGUCGAACAUGCGUCUCACAUAAAUCUUGGACGUUCCGACGAAGCGCUUUCAACCACGUGUCCAAACCACAAAGUCCUACUCGAGAAGUUCAAUGACUAUGUCGUCUCUCAAGGACCUCACGGCGAAAGCUUUAAUGAUAAUAGCAUCGUUGAAUUUCAAAAACCACGGAAAGGCUCCAGUGUAGAAAUCAGCCAGUUGUUGAAUAAAGUUGGCUAUCUUUGGAGUUUGUUGUUGGCGAAGAAGGAUGAUGUGCCCGGACAUCCGGGCAAUGGGCGUAUCAUCGAUGCAGACUGGGUUGAUGUUGAGACUAUUAAGAGAUGGAAAAACAGGUGCAUCUCAUCCCAUGGUGCCAAAUGCGAAAACCCUCUCAAAGUAUGGCCAACCCGCCCUGCUUGGCUAGUCGAUGUGCAGCAGCAGUGCAUUGUCCCAGGUCACGAACCCGUUGACUACGUCGCAAUAAGCUACACCUAUGGGAGCAAUAGUCCACCUGUAAUUACUUCGACCGCCUUCAACGAGUUACAAAAGCCUUUCGCUUUGGCCACUUGCGAGUUCUCAGACUUUGCGUCCCCCAUCAUUCGUCAUGCCAUGUACCUAACCUCAGCCAUUGACGAACAGUACCUGUGGGCUGAUGCGCUCUGUGUCACUCAUCACGAUCCCAAGGCUGCUUCCGAGCAGUUGAAGUCGAUGGGGGCCAUCUACGCCAAUGCAAUUGUCACCAUCGUCGCCGCAGACGGUGACUCUGCGUCUGGGAUAUCUGGUCUCAAUGGCAUAUCCGACCCCCGAGGGCUAAAUCAGACUGUAAUUCCUUUUGGGGAGGAGAAGCUCAUUCUUCGGAACACUUUUUCCCUGGACUCGAUGACAUUCUUUCCAACUCGGCUUGGGACCUAUUAUCAGAGAGGCUGGACCUGUCAGGAAUAUGCGAUGGCCAAGAGAAAGAUUAUCUUCUAUGACCACGAAGCCCACUGGGUAUGCUCAUGUAGCCUUUGGCAUGAGGAGCUCACCUUGUUUACUGAAAUUGAUGAUGAGUUGCAUCCUCAGUCCAAUAUUGUCAUGGCUGGAUUCCCGGAUGACUCAUCUCUUUCCCGUUAUUUUCUCGAAUAUAACCAGAGGUCUUUGACCUUUGAGGAAGAUAGUCUUCCGGCUCUGUCUGGUCUACUAUCAGUUUUCAGUCGCUCCUUUGAAGGUGGAUUCCUGUAUGGGAUUCCGGAGAUGUUCUUCGAGCAUAGUCUCUGUUGGCGAGCAUGGGGUACGGAGGGCCUACAGCGUCGUAUCGCAUCAAGAAGACCUAUAGAAAGUCGUUUUGAGUACUCUGAUCUUCCUUCAUGGUCUUGGCUAGGCUGGAAAGGCUCUGUCCACGACCGUGGCCAGACAGGAAUUCGAGUUGGCAGUAACUACUCAUGUGAAGAGGAACAUGUUGAAGAAGCAUUUCCUAUCACUGAGUGGUACACAAGUAGGUCACCAGCGGAUCCUCAGGACCGAAGGCGAAGAAUUCGGCCGACUUGGUUCGAGAAACGUGAGGGAUAUAAGGAUUUCACCAAACCUCUGCCACCAGGGUGGAAGCGUGUGCUAGCACCAGGGAAUGAGCCUCAGAUUUACCCCGAUGGCUGCGGCAAAUACCUCUUCCAGCAUGGAUCUAUGCUUGACUACUAUGGGAGGCCUUUGUACUGGUAUUAUCCUUUCCCCGUGAACGAGAUUCAGGAGUCAACACCUCCCUUCAUGCCUGAGCAAACCCCAUAUCUAUUCUGCAAGACACUCCAAGCCAGACUGUCAGGAUAUCAGCAGGACUCCGAUAAGCUAUACUUCCUGUGGGACAAUGAAGCAAAACUUUGCGAUCGACUUGGAAAGUAUAUCGGAAAACUUCACCUGCAUAACAAGGAAACAAGGGAUCGCUUCCCAGAGAAGGUGACUGGAGGCCAGGUUGCAGCUAUCCUCAUGAUGGCUCAAUACGGUCUGCUAGAAGUAUAUAAUGGAGAGAAUGCCCAAGCUGACAUUGUCUUUUUACAUGGAUUGCGGGGAGACCGAGAAAAGGCGUGGACAAAGAAUGGAGUCGUCUGGCCUAAAGAUCUAUUGCCCGACGACAUUCCGGCAUCUCGCAUCUUUCUCUUUGGUUAUGACACCAAUAUUACCAGUACCGGCCGCUCAGGUCCUUCCAAGACGGAGAUACAUGGUGAUGCCGAGGACGUGUGCGCGAAACUGGCAGCAGAGCGAUUAAGCACGCAAACCGUCGACCGACCAAUUAUCUUUGUUGCUCAUAGUCUCGGCGGUCUUGUCGCUGCUCAGAUUCUGGUUGACGGGGAGCAUAAACCCGAAAACUCGGUAGAAGGGUCGAUCGCCUGGAAUACCCGUGGGAUGGUAUUCUUGGGAACGCCAUUUAGAGGAUCAUCAGCGGCCAAGCCCGCUGAAGCUGUUCGCAGAGUUCUUCAACUUUUCAAGGUCGACACCCAGCGGCAAACUCUGAAGCUUCUUGGUGUUGAUUCUGAGCGCCUAGGUGAGCUCACGAGAGCAUUCUCGCAGGUUCUCAAUAAGCGCAGAUCCUCUAAAGACAUCGAUCACCGAAUUGAAGCCUCUUUCUUCUACGAGACUCUGAAGACAAGCUGGGGUCUAGGAUUAGUUCAGAUCGUCGAACCUGAAUCAGCUCAACUUCAUGGAUGUGGCGAUGCUGCACCUAUUCGCGCUGAUCACAUUGAUAUCUGCAAGUUCGAGACGAAGGAGGCUGAAGGCUAUGCUACUGUUGUGGCGGCAAUUCGAAAAGCCAUGAUACCACCAGGGGCAUCCCAAUCACAGUCUGGUGUUUUCUUGCCCCCUGAGGCCGAGCUUCAAGUCUUUGCAAAUGCAACAGAUCUUUAUGUCACUGACCCUGUCGCCGAUAAGCAACGUAUCGAAGACGACAAAGGAGGUCUGCUGAAUGACUGCUACAGCUGGAUCUUGGACAACGAAAACUUCAUCCAAUGGCGCGAUGACCCGCAUUCUCGUUUACUAUGGAUCAAGGGCGACCCUGGAAAGGGCAAGACAAUGCUUUUAGUUGGGCUUAUUACAGAGUUAGAGAAAACGUCAGAUGACAGUAUCUUUUAUUUCUUCUGCCAAGCCGCACAGCCUCUUCUGCGAACUGCAUCAUAUGUGCUUCGCAGUCUUAUUUGGUCCAUCGUUCGCAAACGACCGGCUUUGAUCUCCCACGUUCGCAAGGAAUAUGAUGAAGCUGGUAAAAGCAUUUUCAGCAAUCAUAACGCUUGGCAAGCGAUAUCCGGAAUUCUUACGGCCAUCCUCGAAGAUGACGUAUCUGCGGAUUGUAUCAUCAUUAUUGAUGCUUUGGACGAGUGCACUCAGGAGCGCGAGAAGCUUAUCAGCUACAUUAGCCAGAGUUCAGUCUCUUGCAAAACUAAAUGGGUCAUCUCUAGCCGCAACUGGCCUGAGAUAGAAUCACAGCUUGAUACAGCGCAAAGACAAGUUCGACUCCACUUGGAACUUAACCACGCCUCAAUAUCAAAUGCUGUCGCCAAGUUCGUUAGUUGGAAGGUCACUAAGCUCAAUUCAACUUUCAAUGAGUCUACUCGAGCCCGGAUUCGUCAACACCUUCUUGAAAACGCGAAUGACACAUUUCUUUGGGUUGCUUUGGUGUGUCAAGAGCUGGGGAAGCCCGGUGUUAAACACUACCACAGUUCUGGCAUCCUUCAGCGCUUCCCAGCUGGAUUAAACGAGCUAUACCAACGGAUGAUCAGCGACAUCAACGAUAGAGAUAUGGAAUGGUGUAGAGCUAUCCUUUCUGUGAUAGCCGUUGCGUCAAGGCCCCUGAAUCUUCAAGAGCUAGCCGCAGCUGAUGAGAUUCUUACCGAGUGGGUUGAAGACAAGAAAACUCUAUCAAACCUCGUUACAUCUUGUGGCUCCCUCUUGACCAUAAGAGACCAUAAGGUUUACACUGUUCAUCAGUCGGUCAACGACUUCUUGCGCAAUACACCCAAGGUCCUACCUGCAGGUAUAGGGCAACAACAUUACUCCAUCUUCAACUGCAGCAUGAAGGCCAUGCACCAUCGGCUCCAUCGAAAUCUCUAUGAAUUCAAAGACAGUUGUGUCUUGAUCGAUGAGAUGGAUAUUUUGCCGAGUGCUCCUCUAACUAUUGUUGGAUAUGCUUGUAUCUACUGGGUUGAUCACUUCUGUGCAUGGCUUCUGACCGACAAUCAACUCCCAAGCAGCUUGUGUUAUGAUAUGAUAACCAAAUUCUUGGGGACGAAGUACCUCUACUGGCUUGAGGCUAUGAGUCUUUUGCGGUGUACCUCGGAUGCAAUCAGGGCAAUGCAGAGACUGGAAGAUAAAUUGGUAGGCAGAGUUUCUGACGAAUUAAGGCUUCUUGUCCAAGACGCUGUCCGUUUCGUUCACACGCACAGAGCCAUCAUGGAUGCUGCGCCACUUCAGCUCUAUGACUCGGCUUUAAUAUUCACUCCCAAACUCAGCAAAAUCAAGGAAUGCUUUAACCAGGAAAUCAGCACCUCCAUAGAUGUACUCUCCCCGUACUUCCAACAAUGGGAUGCCUGCCUUCAGACUAUUCCAGAUAUAGCAAGUUUGUCCUCGAGCAUAUGUGAAUUUUCACCCGAUGGUCGAGAGAUUGCAACAAUAGACAGCAGCGAGAGCAUACUCUUGAUCGACGCUUCCACCGGUGAGCUUAUCAAGUCCACUGAUACUCCUGAAUUCCACGACGUCGAUAUUUGGAAUAUAGCAACCGAAACAAAAAUUGACAGCUGCCCUAUGAGUCCACGGUCCGAUGCUGAAUACAUUGCUUGGAUAAAUACUGCUUCCCAUCCACAGGCUCUCUUAAUUCUAAGCGAGAUCGACAUCUCCAUUUGGGGUCUCGAUACGAGACAUCAAAUUUCGAAGCUAAUGUCGCUGGAGUAUAAACGACCUCCUGACGCUGCCACGGUUAGCCGUGAUCGGACAUGCUGUGCUGUGUUCCAAAACAAAGGAGAGUUCCUAUUGUACUCGUGGGGGUCAUCCAUAACUGAGCAGAAGAUUGGGCGAUUCGACCAGCACAAGUAUGUACAUGAUGCAACAUGGAUAGGAGACGGUUCAGUAGCCUUUUGUGGCAACUUCGGCAUCGAAAUAUGGGAUAUCAAAGCGAAGAGACUGAUAGCGCAUCUGCAGGGGGGUCAUACCGAGGCAAUAUGCUAUGGGAAGAAUCGCCAACUUGCUUCGCUUGGGUUUAAAAAGGGCACCACCCUCAAGAUCUGGAGCCUAGACACAAUCCUGAGCCAUUCAGAACCUACGACCCAUCAGUCUACCAGCAUAGUCGACACAUUCAUCACAUCGCCAAAGGGCAAGGUCGCUGUCAUCAGUGACAAUGGAAACUUCGACAUGUUGAGCAUAGCAGUCGAUGGCAGAUUUCUCUAUCUCCCCAAGACACUUCAAAACACGCCCCGGAGGUCGUAUUACAGAUUCGAGUCACUCGUAUUUGGCCAAGACGACUACUUUGCUGUCCUCACCGACCGUGGUGCCAUUGAUAUUUUUAAUUUUGACCACGAUAGAGGCCUCUACUAUCGCGAGCGACGGAUUGGGAAACAUCUUCACCUGCCUUUUAAACACGUUUCGGAUUGCGAUUUGACCAUACAGUUUUGGGGACGAGAGCAGAUCAUAUCUCGCAGUAAAAGGAUCAAGUUCUGGGAUCUAAAGUCAGGCAGAUGCUUGCGGGAGGUAUCUAAUCCAAUCCGUCUUAAUGAGCCCGUGUCAACCAUUACAGCGGACGGCCGGAUCGCUGGGGCCGUAAAUAAUGAGGAAGCAGUGAUAUGGGACAUCGUGAACGGCAAGAAAACCCAGUGGUUUGACUUAGAAGUUCUACGAUCCGAACCGCAUCCUCUAUACAUUUCGUACGUUUCGCUCUCUUCUAGUGAUAUACUUGCGAUCUCUGCACUGCAUUCAUACAAGAACUUUAUAGCAACUGGAAAUGCGAAAGAUGGCACCUGGAUUCGGAGUUACUAUCUGAAUAAAUUCCCUCUAACUUUGAACUUCUUAACCCCUAAGCUACUCAAUACGGGUUUUGGAGUUCUCGGAUGCGACCUGGAACUCGGUUCUCAUAAUGAUGGUUCUCAGGACUGGAGCUCUGAGGGCAGUUGUUUCGAGGAUAUACCAACAGUGAACGCAGAAGAUCACUGGGACCCGCGUUACCUCAGACUAUCCUGCUCUAAAUCCGAAGCGUGGCUCAUGAAGGGUUCUAGGAGAGUAUUAUGGAUUCCUCGUGAGGAUGUCGAUCCAGGCCAGUUCUCGAUUCCCACAGACUUGGAUACAGGCAAAUCAACGGUUACACUGGUUCAUGACAUGUAUUUGUUUAUAUUAACUAUCAAGAUAGAUUCGAUCUAA